UGGGCGGUUUGCCUCUGCCGCCGCAGCCCGGCCCAGGCGCGGAACCCGGGGCACUGGCCCCGUUGCCUGCUCACCCUUCGGCUGCAGCCGGCAUGGGCAGCCACUGAGAGCGGGCACUCCUUCCCUCUGGCACCUCCCCUGGCCACUGGCCACUGGACUUCGGCCAGCAAGCCUCGGCCACCUCUAGUCCCCAGUCCGGCGCCUGGCACGGCCCUCUGCUCUGCUCCUCCGGCUCUGAGCAUCGCGUUCCUGCCCCCCCCGCCCGCGCCUGGGACACCUGGGUCCCCCGGCGGCCCUUAGGAGAGGGGCGGGGGGGGGUAUGAAGCCUCUGGAGAAAUUUUUGAAGAAGCAAACGUCGCAGCUGGCGGGACGGACGGUGGCAGGAGGUCCCGGCGGGGGUCCGGGGAGCUGCGGCGGGCCUGGAGGGGGUGGGGGACCUGGCGGGGGUGGCGGUCCAGCGGGGGGACCGCGGCCGCUGCAGCGGCGUCAGAGCGUGUCUCGCCUGCUGCUCCCAGCUUUCCUCCGGGAGCCCCCCGCCGAGCCAGGGCUGGAACCGCCCACUGAGGAAGAAGGGGGAGAGCCUGCGGGGGUCGCGGAGGAGCCGGUCAGCGGGGGACCCUGUUGGCUACAGCUAGAGGAGGUGCCAGGGCCAGGGUCGCUCGGGGGCGGGGGACCCCUGCGCUCCCCUUCUUCGUAUUCCUCAGAUGAACUGUCCCCAGGCGAGCCCCUCACUUCACCGCCCUGGGCGCCCCUGGGCGCUCCUGAGCUGCCUGAGCAUCUUCUGAACCGGGUUCUGGAACGGCUGGCUGGAGGGGCCACCAGGGACAGCGGCGCCUCAGAUAUCUUGCUUGAUGACAUCGUACUUACCCACUCCCUCUUCCUCCCAACGGAGAAAUUUCUACAGGAACUACAUCAGUACUUUGUUCGGGCAGGGGUCCUGGAGGGCCCUGAGGGGCUAGGCCGGAAGCAGGCCUGUCUAGCCAUGCUACUCCAUUUCUUGGACACCUACCAAGGGCUGCUACAGGAGGAAGAGGGGGCCGGCCACAUCAUCAAGGAUCUGUACCUGCUGAUUAUGAAGGAUGAAUCCCUUUACCAAGACCUCCGAGAGGAAACACUGAGGCUGCACCAGCUUGUGGAGACAGUGGAACUGAAGAUCCCAGAGGAGAGCCAGCCACCCAGCAAGCAGGUAAAGCCACUCUUCCGCCAUUUCCGUCGGAUAGAUUCCUGUCUCCAGACCCGAGUGGCUUUUCGGGGCUCAGAUGAGAUCUUCUGCCGAGUCUACAUGCCUGACCACUCUUACGUUACCAUACGUAGCCGUCUCUCAGCAUCUGUGCAGGACAUUCUGGGCUCUGUGACAGAGAAGCUGCAGUAUUCAGAGGAGCCCGCAGGACGUGAAGAUUCCCUCAUUCUGGUAGCUGUGGCUUCCUCAGGAGAGAAGGUCCUUCUCCAGCCUACUGAGGACUGUGUUUUCACCACACUGGGCAUCAACAGCCACCUGUUUGCCUGUACUCGGGACAGUUAUGAGGCCCUGGUGCCCCUCCCUGAAGAGAUCCAGGUCUCCCCUGGAGACACAGAGAUCCACCGAGUGGAGCCAGAGGAUGUUGCCAACCACCUUACUGCCUUCCACUGGGAGCUAUUCCGAUGUGUGCAUGAGCUGGAGUUCGUGGACUACGUGUUCCACGGGGAGCGCGGUCGCCGGGAGACCGCCAACUUGGAGCUGCUGCUGCAGCGCUGCAGCGAGGUCACGCACUGGGUGGCCACGGAGGUGCUGCUCUGUGAGGCCCCGGGCAAGCGCGCGCAGCUGCUCAAGAAGUUCAUCAAAAUCGCAGCCAUCUGCAAGCAGAACCAGGACCUGCUGUCCUUCUACGCUGUGGUCAUGGGGCUGGACAACGCUGCCGUGAGCCGCCUGCGGCUCACCUGGGAGAAGCUGCCAGGGAAAUUCAAGAACUUGUUCCGCAAAUUUGAGAACCUGACAGAUCCUUGCAGGAACCACAAAAGCUAUCGAGAAGUGAUCUCCAAAAUGAAGCCCCCUGUGAUUCCCUUCGUACCUCUGAUCCUCAAAGACCUGACAUUCCUACACGAGGGGAGUAAGACCCUCAUAGAUGGCUUGGUGAACAUUGAGAAGCUGCAUUCAGUGGCCGAGAAAGUGAGGACAAUCCGUAAAUACCGGAGCCGGCCCCUCUGCCUGGACAUGGAGGCCUCCCCUCACCACCUGCAGACAAAGGCCUAUGUGCGCCAGUUCCAGGUCAUCGACAACCAGAACCUCCUCUUCGAGCUCUCCUACAAGCUGGAGGCUAAUAGUCAGUGAAAAUGGAGGGGCUGGGCUGCCCCCACCAGAGUCCUUGGCACCUGGCACUCAAGCACUUUGCACGAUGUCCCAACAAAUUCACAUGGAAUAUAUUUCCUCUGGAACAACUUCCUGCCCCAUGGGGAAGAGUCAGAUGGACUUACCUCGAUUCAUAAGCUCAUAAGCUUAUUCAUCCUUCUGAAAUCCCUUUACCCUUGCUCUUUCACGCCCCAACUACACUAGGUGUGUUCCUGCCUUUUUGAGGAAAAGGGGAUAGAGUGCUCCUUCCUCUGUCACCUCCCAGUGAGGUCUGUUCCAGAGAUGGCAUUUCCAGCCUCUUCUUCCCAAGCAGCAACUCACAAGACAGGCAUUGUGGGAGGCACUGACAGCUUUCUUCCCCACUGCCUGUCUGGCUUCCCCUUAGUCAGGGUUGGGAGCUCUGGAUAUAUCCCUGGGAUUAUUAUCGUGUGUGUGUGUGUGUGUGUGUGUGUGUGUGUGUGUGUGUGUGUCCCCUCUCCAGGAGCAGGAGUGCAUCUGGCGAUGGAGGGAGGGUGUUAUGUGUGCUGGGGGCGAUUUUUCCUUCUGUUUGGUGCUACCCUUGUCUGCUCUGCCCUAGGGAUAGCGUAGUGUGCUCCCCCACCCACUCCCGCUCAGUGCCUCCUGCUGCCCUGCAUGCCCAGGCUUGUGAGCCAAGCUGCUCCCAAGGGCAAAGAGCAGCAGCAGGUGGGAGGGUUACCCAUCAGCCCUGUGAGUCUCCCACCCAGACCUCCCCAAGAUCCCUAGAUGGGCUCUCAUGAGAUGGUAAAAGAUGCUCAGGGAAACACAGGCCUAAGCUGCCUAUAGGACCCUUCCUCUGCCUUGCAGAGGGGCACAGCAGUCUCAGGAGUUAGGGGUGCCUGCUCUCCCUACUCCUGCUCUUUGGAGUGUCUCUUUGCUAACAAGGGCAUUGUCAUCCCCCUUCUGGCUCUUGUAUCUGAUGCUAACAACACAGUCUCUGUCCCUUUCUCCCAGUCUUGACACCCCUUGGUCCUCCCCAUAGAGCUGGGUGGGGUGGAUCUCUGUAAAAUAACAGGACAGGCAGAUUCCUGAAAGUGGGGGGAGAAGGAGCAGGCAGAGCCUGUAGAGGUGAAACUGGACUCUGACAAAGCCUUUGUUACCUCUGUCUCUGCUCCCUCUCCCAUUAUAGGGCUCCAUGGCUGCAGGGUGCAGGGGCUCCUGGCAGCUACUGGGUGAGGUUUCCUGGCACAGCCUCACCCGCCUUCCUGGCACUACUCUUUCCCUUUUGAAUAGGCAGUGGUGGCAGUGGCAGCAGUAAAAGUGGCUGCUGCUCCUGCUCUGGGGUGUAUAUAUUUUUUACCCAAAGCUCUGGAAUUGUAAAUUUAUUUUUUAAAACUCAAAAGAGGGAAAGAGCCUUGUAUAAUAUGUAAACAUUGUAUCAUAGGUUAUGUUGUACAGUCCCUUUUAUACAGAGGUCUGGUUCCUGUUUCAAAAACUAUCUGUGGACAUACACAGGCACCAUGCCCCACCCACCCACUGCAGCCCUCACAGUGACCAUGGCCCCUCCUACACCCUGCAACUGCUGAUGCCUGCUUCUAUCCCUGAAGCCCUGGACUUUCCACCCUUCCUCCUGAACCCUCUGAGCAGCCUUCUCGCUCCAGUUCCCCACCCCUCCUUGAACAUGGUAACCCCCUGGCUGCUUGCCCCUUGCCUUGACGCUGCCCUGCUGCUUUCCAGGGGCUCGCCAGCCCACACCCCACUUCCCACAGCUUUAACAGAGUGAACUGUGUGUAUUGUACAGGCUCGGUUGUCAUUGCAGAAUCUGCUGGGUGGAGAGAAAGCCGAUAAAGUCUAUGAAUCAACUGCC